AUGACGCAUCCUGGUUCCACAGAUCAGUCACCUCAAACGACAACACAAGAUACUGAAAGCGGCACUGGAUGGAACACAGCCCCUGCCACAAGUGGAGCCGCUCCAUGGAACCCUGAUACUGGUUCUAAAGACGUUCCAGUUGGUGAUGGUGGUGGUGGUGGGUCCCGUCAGAUAUGCGUGGCGCGUUUCGCCUACACGGCAUGCCAACCGGAUGAACUGACCAUUCGGCGUGGUGAUCGCGUCUGUGUGCUGGAGAAGAGCUCCGAUGGCUGGUGGCACGGAAUGCUGCUCCCACCGAAUGGUUCCUCGGUGCCAUAUCAACGACAAAUUACCGGGUGGUUCCCGUCAAACUACGUUACGAUGGAAUCUUCCUCCAACAGUUCGCAAGCGCCUUCCGUCAACGAACCUGAGGUGCUGCCACUCCCUGCGAUGAGCACCAAACCUAGCCCUAUGCCCUCCGUCUCUACUGCUGCCGCUUCCGUCUCCUCUCCCCCAGCCCAGUUAUCUGCGUCCCAGAAACCCCUAGCCCCUCCUUCGGUUGCCUCGUACUCUGCUGUACCCUUCCCUACCUCGUCGGUUUUUUCCUCUGCUCAACCCCAGCAGCCACAACCAUCACCCUGCACAACGUCUGCACCUGAUGGAACAGGCGAUGUCGUGGACCCUGCCUCUCACGACCGACUUCAACACCAGGAAACUGUCCUUACACUCUAUCCUUUCACUAGAAAUCAGGCUGAGGAACUCUCUUUUGCAGCUGAUGAAAUUCUAGAGGUUCUCGACAAACCAGCCGAUGACCCAGAUUGGUGGCGUUGUCGAAAUGCCGUUGGAAAUGUUGGUCUAGUUCCUCGUAACUACAUCCGCGUCAUCAAGAACCCAUUUCCGUCGUCUCACCCACCACCCCUACCCCACCAGUCACAACCACAGUAUUCUUCCUCUGUCCCACCGGCAGUACCGCAAUCUCAUCGGGUUAUCAGUGGUGAGGGAAUCAGAAUGGCUUUCGCUCUGGCCUCAGCGAAUUCCGCUGCAUUUGCCCGAAAACCCUGGUAUUGGGGCGUCAUCUCACGAUCCGAGUGUGAAGCUGUUCUAACCGACCUGGCUAUUUCCGGGGAGUUCAUAAUCAGGGACAGUGAAUCCCAUGUUGUCCUGGUGGAAAGCGCUGCUAACACGGUUGAUUGUCCUCAUGUGCCCUCGGGCCCACCCGGCGAUUUAACAAUCACAAUGAAUGCGGGUGCCAAAAACCGGAACUUUAAGGUGCACGUUGAAAACGGCGAAUUCCAUAUCGGUCAAAAGGUGUUUUCCAGCAUAGAUGCACUUAUCGAUAAUUAUCGUCGACAUCCGAUUUACAAAAGUGACCAGGAGAAGCAUUUUCUCACCCGACCUUUUCAGCACCCUGACUGCGCCAAUUUACUCCACAACCCUCCUCCACUUACGUCCUGUCUUCAACCCCCCAUGUUGAUGCAAUCGCGAUAA